AUGUUCAUGAUCUCGUUGGCUCACUUCAUUUGUGUAGCAUUCUUCAUCACUUCUUUCAAACAAGUGCUUUCCGUGAAUGUGGUCAUAAAAUCUACACUUAUAUACCCGUUAACUUGUUCUAAUUACACUCAUACUUGUGAUUCCUAUCUAUACCACAUCUCUAAAGGCCAUAAUAUCGAAGAAAUUGCUUCUUUCUACUCUGUUAACCCCUCUAAAAUCACACCUAUAAAGCACAACACUAAUAUUGAUUAUCUAGUUUCAGUUCAAUGCGCUUGUAAGAAAGAUAAUAGUAGUGAUGAUUACUACAUGUAUGAUUCGGCUUAUAAAAGGAAACCAGGAGAGAGUGUUAACUACAUAACCGAUGAGUAUUACAGUGGGCAAGUUUGGAAUGUCAGCGGAGUAGAUGAAGAAGAACUUACUGUACAUCUAGUUUGCGGGUGUGUUGAAGACGAAUCUCAGAAUGUUGUCACGUACGCUAUACAAGCUGAAGAUACUUUGAUUGGUGUUUCUGAGCUUCUCAAUGCAAAAGAGAGGGAAGUUGAGAACUUGAACAAAGUUUUGACUAAAGAUCCUAACUAUAUUGAUGUCGGGUGGGUAUUAUUUGUACCAAUGGAGAAAUUCAAGAUUAAGGCAUCCAAAAACUGGAAAAUGCAGGCAUGGACGAAAAUUGUCUUUAUAGUUUUAGCUCUGCUUCUGGUUAUGGUGGCUUUCUCAAUCUGGUUUCUUCUUAGAAAACGAUGGAAAAUCAAGAAACAUGAAGCAAAAACCAUCAAAAAGAGGAUAAACGCAGAGAAGACGACCCUGGAAAAUCACUUUUUUAAUAUAGACAUGGAAGAGACAGCAACAAAUAUGGAGUCUGAAAAACCCGUUAUAAUUAGUCUGGAAGAGAUUGAGCAUGCUACAAAUAAUUUUGACGAAUCAAGAAAAAUAGGAGAAGGUGGAUACGGUAGUGUGUACUUUGGCAUAAUAAGAGAAAAGGAAGCUGCAAUAAAGAAGAUGAGAUCCAACAAGUCAAAGGAGUUCUUUGCAGAACUAAAGGUUCUUUGCAGGAUACAUCAUAAUAAUGUGGUGCAACUCCUUGGAUACGCAAGUGGUGACAACCACCUUUAUUUGGUAUAUGAGUACAUCCAGAAUGGAACAUUAAGCGAACAUCUUCAGGACCCUGCGCUAAAAGGUCACCAGCCUCUUUCUUGGCCAUCAAGAGCAAAUAUCGCACUUGAUGCUGCUAGAGGAAUUGAAUACAUUCAUGAUCAUACAAAGGCUCGUUAUGUUCAUCGAGAUAUUAAGACAGCAAAUAUACUUCUUGACUUGGGACUCAAAGCUAAGGUUUCAGAUUUUGGACUGACCAAAUUUGUUGAGCGUGCAAAUGAAGAAGAUUUCAUAGCCACAAGAGUUGUGGGUACACCAGGCUAUCUAGCCCCUGAGUCAAUAAGCGAAAUGCAAACCACAUCAAAGACUGAUGUUUUUGCAUUCGGGGUGGUUCUAGCAGAGCUGAUAACUGGUCAGCGAGCACUUGCACGUGAUAAGCAGGAACCAAGCAAGCUCAAGACACUAGUUUCAGUGAUACGUGCAAUAUUUCAAGAUAAUGAUCCAUUGGCAGCAUUGGAAGCUCGAAUUGACAAUAAUCUGAAUGGAAACUAUCCCAUAGAAGAAAUGUAUAAGAUGGCUGAAACUUCGUUCCUAUGCAUGAACGAAAAUCCGGCUAAUAGACCAGAAAUGCACACCGUCGUCACUAUAUUGGGCCAAAUUGUGAUGUCCUCGAUAGAAUGGGAAGCGUCACUCGGUGGCAAAAGUCAAGUUUUUAGUGGUUUGUUCAGUGGAAGAUGA